GGGAAGGAGCCGUCCUGGCCCUCUGUGCCAUGGAGGACGUGCUGCCCUCGGGCCUGCUGGAGAUCUGUCUGCUGGUCGGUGCGCCCACAGAGCGGGUGCGAGCGCUGCUCCAGGGCACUCAAAGAAAACUCAGAAAUCUUCCCCCCCUCGAUCCAGAAGUUCUUUCUGUAUUUGUGCCUCCGUUUAUCAGCAGAGAUGAUGUUCAGGUGAUUAAUGCUGGUAAUAACUUCAAUAAAAGCAAACGCCGGUCCUUUCGAAAGAAAAAAGAGAGGCCCAAGGUUGAAAAUGUCAAGAGCUUCAACGGGGAGCAGAAAGCACCUGACACAGAAGAUGUGGUAGUUCCAAAGGACAUUGAUCUCAUUGCUUUGCCACAGCUCUGCUUCCCAGGAGGCGUUUAUGUGACUUCUGAAUCAAAAGAGGACCACAUCCAUUUCCUGGUCUUCACUGAUGUCUGUGGUAACAGAACAUAUGGUGUUGUUGCACAGUACUACCAGUCUAUACAAGAUGGCUCCACCUCCUCCAAUGGGCAGGGCCAUUGGGAAUCUGUGCAGACUGGGAAGAUACCUGUCUAUUUUGUACCCUGUGCUGUUUGUGUUAUAUCCAGAUACCCGUAUUUUAGUGCCCUCAAGGAUUGUCUCUCUUGCUUACUAGUGCAGCUACGACCUUUCAGGGAUUUAGAUGUCGAGGAGCACAUAAAGGAAUUUGCAGCAAAGCUGUUUUUAAUCCCCAGCCCGCCACCAGGACCACUCCACUUGGUAUUUCAUAUGAAACCACUUCAAAUAAUAAUUCCUUCACGAGAGGAUCCAGACAGUCCAAUUAUUGACUUGGAUCUCCAUCUUCCAUUGCUGUGUUUCAAGCCAGAGCAGGUGCUGCAGAUUAUGACCUGUAUUUUGACUGAGCAGAGAAUCGUUUUCUUCUCUUCUGACUGGGCUCUGCUGACACUCGUUGCUGAAUGCUUUAUGUUGUACCUUCAUCCUCUCCAGUGGCAGCACACUUUUGUGCCUAUUCUGUCCCGGCAAAUGCUGGAUUUUGUGAUGGCUCCAACGUCUUUCCUCAUGGGAUGUCACAUUGAUCAUUUUGAUGAAGUGAGCAUGGAAGGUGAAGAUUUAAUUCUCAUUAAUAUAGAUAAUGGAGAUAUUUCUCAUUCAAAAAUGGUUGAAGAGGAACUUGAGAUUCCAGAUGUUCCAGCACAAGCAGCAGAAACUUUCAUAAAAAGAGUGGAGGGUCUGCAGCUGCACUUUGACCUGGAGCUCUGCCAUCUCCGAGCUGGCACAGACCUUGGUGAGCUCCAAACCCGCAGGAGGGCUUGGCAGCAGAAACUCAACAUGGAUGUGCAGCAAACCAUGCUACAGUUAAUUGUUAAUAUCUUCAGGGAGGUAAAAGAUCAUCUAAAUUAUGAACACAGAGUGUUUAACAGUGAAGAAUUUCUGAAAACAAGGGCAAUCGGAGACCAGCCAUUCUACAAAAAGGUUUUAGAGACCUACAUGUUUCACUCUUUCCUUAAAGCUCGUCUGAACAGAAAGAUGGAUGCUUUUGCGCGGCUUGACUUGAGUACCCGGUCUGAAGAGGACAGGUUAGAUUUGAUGUUUCCCGCCCCCAGAAGGCUGACAAUAGAGAAAAUGGCUUCCAAGCGCAUCAGUGCGGAGCGCAGGGCCAGCCGGCGCAUGGUGAUCAGCAUGCCCAACCUGCAGGACUUCCAAGCGCCCGAGGGCCCCACCAGGAACUCCUCACUUCGAAAAGUGGCAACAGGUGUUGCUAUGAGAACGCCCUCCAAAUCCAUCACCACGUUCAAAAUCCCCGAAAUUCACUUUCCUCUGCUGUUCCAGUGUGUUCACUCCUACUACACAGACUUCUUCAACCACCUCAGCAAAGCUAUCAGUACCUUACCCCCCGAGAACUCUGCAUUGCUGGCAAGGUACUUCUACCUCCGGGGCCUUGUUAGCUUGAUGCAAGGGAAACUACUAAAUGCACUUUCUGACUUUCAGAACCUAGAAAAAACAGACUUAAGAAUUUUCCCUACUGAUCUUGUAAGAAAAAUAGUGGAGACCUUGCCUCGCUCAGAGCGCUUGCAGGCAGACCGCAAACCUGAGCUCAAGAGGCUGAUAAGUCGAGUGAUGGAAAAACAAAGGGAAGUUCUGAAAACAGAUGACCACGUAAAAAAUUUCGAAUUGCCAAAAACACACAUGCAGCUGGAUGAUUUUGUGAAGAGAAUUCAGGAGUCUGGGAUUGUCAGGGAUAUAGACACUAUCCACCGGUUAUUUGAUGCCCUGACAGUAGGACAGCAGAAACAAAUUGAUCCUGAAACAUUCAGAGAUUUCUACAACUACUGGAAAGAAACUGAAGCAGAAGCUCAAGAGGUGAAUCUGCCACCAGCAGUAAUCGAGCAUCUAGAUAAAAAUGAAUGUGUCUACAAGUUAUCGUGCUCAGUUAAAACCAGCUAUGGUGUAGGGAAAAUAGCUCUGACCCAGAAGCGCUUGUUCCUGUUGACUGAAGGAGGCCGUCCUGGCUAUGUCCCAAUUGCUGCUUUCAGGGAUAUAGAGGAUGUUAAGAGCACUACUGUAGCCUUCCUUCUUUUGAGAAUACCUACUCUGAGGAUUAAAACAUUACAUAAAAAAGAAGUCUUUGAAGCCAACCUUAAAACUGAAUGUGAUCUCUGGUACCUGAUAGUGAAAGAAAUGUGGGCUGGAAAGAAAAUGGCAUAUGAUCACAAGGAUCCUCAGUAUAUCCAGCAAGCCCUGACAAAUGUUCUUCUGAUGGAUGCUGUGGUUGGUGCCCUGCAGUCCUCCAAAAGCAUCUAUGCAGCCUCUAAACUGUCUUAUUUUGACAGGAUGAAAAAUGAAGAAAUACAAAAAGACAUUAGCCUGAUGAAGAUGCAUUUCAUUACAAACCUGCUCUGCCUAAUAAUGGCUUUGCCACAGGUCUCCAAAGGUAUUUUGUUUUCUUUUACCUCUCUCAUCUUCUCUACUUUAUUUCUAGGGCAUCUUGACCCUUCAGAAAGACUGGAUAAUGCUCAUCCAAAACUCUGGUGUGCUUUAAAUGAGGGGAAGGUGGUGGUUUUUGAUGCCUCUACCUGGUCUAUCCAGCAACACUGCUUCAAAAUGGGCUGCUCUAAACUGACUUGCAUGGUCAUGGUGGAACAGAGUCAAGUGUGGAUUGGUUCUCAGGAUUCCAUUAUUUAUAUAAUCAACACCCACAGUAUGUCUUGUAAUAAACAACUGAAUGAUCAUCGCUCUGAUGUUACAGACAUCAUUGUGGAGAAGAAGAAUGGAACACCCAGUGAAGCAUAUUCCAGCAGUUUAGAUGGAAUGGUGAUUGCUUGGAACAUCAGCACUCUCAAAGUGAACCGUGUCUUUCAGCUGCCCUGCCAAAAUCUCACCUCUAUGAAGCUUCAUGAUGACCAACUGUGGUGCUGUACAAGAAGUUGCAUUCUUGUAGUGUCAAUUCAUGAGUUUCAACUGCAGAUGAAAAUCGAGCACCACCUGAGGGAUGUGUGUUCCUCUUUCCUUGGCUUCCAGCUCUUUCCUGAGAGAGAUGAAGUGUGGGCAUCUUACUCUGGGAGUAGUGACCUGUACGUUUGGAACAGCAAAGACCUUUCAAGUACACCUCAAAAGAUUCAUCUUCAGGAUUGCUCUGAGAUUACUUGUAUGAUAAGAGUUAAAAAUCAGCUGUGGGUUGGCAGCAGUGGGAGGCUGCAGGGCAAGAGCAAAGGGAAGAUCUACGUGGUCAGUGCUGAGAGGAAGAGUGUGGACAAGGAGCUGGUCGGCCACGCCGAUGCGGUGAAGGCGCUGUGCUCAGCUGAGGACAGGUACGUCCUCAGUGGCUCUGGGAAGGAAGAAGGGAAGAUUGCCAUUUGGAAGGCUGGAUAAUCACACUAUUCCAAAUGUGUCUGCCUUCUCUGGGGAAAGGUAAACACCUGGGACUCUGUUUACUUCAGCAUUUUGCAUCUAUUUCAACGACCUGCCAGUGUUAUUGUCAUGUAUUUAUUUGGUUUCCAUCCCUGUGUUGUAGAAAAUGGAAAUCAAAGCAAAUCUUCCCCUCACACCUUGUCCUGCUCCUGCACAUUUGGUAAAGGAACAGAAAUGGGAGAAGACAGGUCACUGUCUUCAAACUGGACAUGAGGUGGUGUGGAGGGUCCGGGUUGCCUGCCUGGGGCAGGUCAUGUUGGGAACACCAGAGCCAGCUCACUAAUUCCAUGGGAGCUCUCUCUCAGCAGUGCAAGGUUGCUUAAAAAAAGGAUUUUAUGAUGUCUUCACAGCCUUUAAGAGAUGGAAAAGGGCACUGAAAGGAAAAAAACCAUGUGUGCUUGGACUUAGAGAAUUGUCACUGUGAUCAUCUUUCUGAGCUCAGAGCUGUAGGUGGGCAGUGUCCCUUAGCCUUGGUGGGAUUUCUGGGGCUGUUUUCUUUAAAAUGCAGGCACAGACAGGCUCUCCCCAACAGCACUGAAAGCUCUUUCAGAUGAAACAAGGUAUUUCCAAUGAAUAUUUUAGGUUUUAAAUGUAUUUUUUCUUUGAAAACAAUGCACAGCACUUGGCAUUUGGAACAGUUAGUGAAAUUGAUUAAUUUUUUUUUAUCUGAAACAUUAAUUUAUUUAAUUCCUGUAUAUAUUAUACUUGCUUUUGGAAGCAUCUCUCAAUCCCUGUGCAGACCAAUCUCUGCCCCUCCUCCCUUCAGUUUCUGUUUCUGCAAUCAGAGGAAUUGCUGCUUCAUUUUUAAGUUCUGCACAGUCGUGAAACCCCUCCUCAAUCCCUGGAGUGAAGACCAGGGGCUGCAGGAGAGGAGUCUCCAGAGCAGCAUUCCCUGAUUGGUGCCAGAUGCACAGUGAUUUUUCCACUGAUGACAUUUAUCUGCAAGUAAAACAAUAAAUCUGUGCAGAAGAGUUUUAUCUGCAUCAGUGCAGACUGCAAAACAGUGUCUAAAAGACUGUAAAUAGAAGGACAAAAUGGGCUGCUACUUUUCUUAAUAAAUAUAUAACCAGUAUAGGGCUAGAUAGAAAGGUAUAAACAACUGGAAAAUAUUAUGACUAGAAAUUUUAUGACUGUAUAAUAUUUCUGCUGAUAAAAGUUUUUGUCAUAUGGUAACAGAAAUUUUACUUUUUUAGCUUUUGUAUCAAUUUAAGAACAUUAAACACUAUAUUGAUAUAUAUUGAUACUCUGGCUUCUGUAGUUUGUUCUUUUACCUGUGUAACUUGAUACUUGAGAAUGAUGAUUUUAGUGCUGACUUGCAUCCUUUCUGUGUGCUGUAAAGAAUAAUUGCCUGGGGUUUUCUCUGAGAAUGUUCUCUUUUCUCAAACAGCUUCUGCUGUUAUGUGUCCCCUUUUGAGUUCCAUAUCUGUAACUUUCAGGUUCCUUCUUUCCUCCCCUGGUUCGGUCAGGCUGCCCAGGGUAAGUGACAGGAAUUAUUUGCUGAAUUCAAAACCACACAAAGGCUGUUAAUGAACUUUCCCUGUCUGCAGAAAUGAGCCAGAUGCACUAACCUAGUGCCUACCUGAUGCUGUCUUCAUUGAUUUUUAUUCCUGGUAUGCUUCUUAAACCUGAUUUUGUCUUCUUAGCUGGUUUUUAGGUGCUCACUGACCAUCUCAGCUUUGCUCUAGGAUUUCAGCUGUGGGAAUGGACCUGCAGUCACAGCACUGUGAGAUUCUGUUCAGUUCUCAGCAGAGUUUCAGGUACUUCCCGUGGGCCCCUUGGUGGUGGGAAGGCACCUCUGAGCUCCUCAAAGCUGCUUUUUUUCCCCCUCUGCCACUGAGAGCUUGCCAGGUGUAGUUGCCUCUCUGAGUCACUGUCUCCUCUGAAGGGACAAAGGGAACAGGGGCUGCCCUGGCAGGAGAAGGGAGGCUGUGAAUGACUGGGCUGAGCACACCCAACCCUUCUCUGGCCCUGAGGCUGUGCUGCUGCUGGGGUUGGUCAGCCUCUGUCUGAGACUCUGAGUCCAGCUUGUGCUGCCAUCCCCUUCUCUUUUCUCCCAAGGAAAUGUUUGUUUCUUGGAAACCUCAAGGCUAAAGCU